CACUAUCAACAACAGUUAUCAACGGUUAACUGCUGUCAGUGGCCCUAUAAACCCCAACAACAACAAUUACUUGCUUGUAUAAUAAGUAAGAUCAUUCAGGCACAGUAUGGCAUCCUUAAAGAUAUGGAGAGCAAUUGAGGAGUCUCCUUGGGGAGCAUUACCAAGCAUGGGUCCCCAAUGGAUGAUUAAGUCAUGUACAAACAACCAAGGAUACUUGGCAAUGGUGACAGAUGGAUGUGGACUCUGGGGUGAGAAGAGGAAUGCUAAGUACAUCUUGGAGCAGGCAGAGGUUUGGUCUCCAUGUUUAGAGAGUGGCAGUAAGGAGAUAUCAGAUCUGGCAUUAGCAGAGUUGACCAAACCAAGUGUCAAAGCAGUGUGGACUGACAAUAGGGAGAGUGUAACCCUUAGUAUUUCUUCCGAACUACAUGGCUUUUCAUACAGAUGGGAGUUUGAACUGAAACGUCUUUCGGAUGAGUUGGUUAGUUGUAUGAUAUGUGAUCCAAUUCACUCCAAAACCACCAAGAAUAAAGACAACCUAAUCGAGUCUUCAGCUGAGGUAGUGUUAGUUAAUGGAGCCUGGGCAGUGCUACAGGAUCAUCUUACUCAUUAUCCACAAAUUAUGAGUCAUCUUACUAAAAUGAGAACGCAAGCAUCCGAGAAAGUUACGAAUGUAUCGGCACUAAGUAGUGAGAAGAAUUUACUUGUUGCAUCCAACAAGAGAAAUCAAAAUAGCAGCAGGACACUGGAGUCAGAAACACAGGCAAGAAAAGGAAGUAAAAGGGGAAGCUUAAAGAACAGAGUGAGAACGUAA